UUGUUAUUACAAAAUACAAUUGCAUUGCUCCUUCGGCGAAUUGGCACUGGUCUCUUUGCCGAACUUCAGCGUUUUGGUUUGGGAGGGAAAAUUCUAAAACCUAAAAAAUUUCAAUCUCAAUCAACUCAACGUCUGUGAUCCCAAUCGAUCACAUUUAAUACCACCCUUCAGGAUUAGGUAGUAAUUCCGUUCCCUUGAAUAAAUAACAUGAGCACCACAGUGCAAAGAACUCCAAGAUCCAGCAGGCAUUCUUUAUUUUUCCAGGAUUUGGCUUCACCUGUUUCUGCCCGUAGAGGAAAAUUUUCGAGUCCAGGUCAAGCAGCUGCAGUAUCUUCACUAUGGCGUGAGAACUUUGGUAGUUCAGACCUUCCUCCGCCUCCUGUUUUCACCUUGGAAGACAGAUCCGAUUUUUCUCCUGAAUCAGGCAUACUAGAUUAUCAAAUAUCCCCUGAGGCUAAGUCAGACACUAGAACUCCCAUCCAAACUUCAAAUAAGGAGUUUUCAACUCCACUGAAAAGCAAAUCUGAGGCCAGCACAUCUUAUGCUUUGAGAGGGGUACAACAAAACCAACAGGGCUCGCCGGGUUUGAGUUGGUGGUCACCUACAACUGCAAAGAGUGUUGGGGAACAAGAUGAGAAGGGAAGAAGUUCGCCAGUUGAGGGUGUGGUUCAGCCUGGUGCUCUGAUAACUCUUCCUCCACCGCUGGAAGUGGCAAGGCCUGAGGUUCAAAGAAAUUCUUUGCCAGCAGGGAAUCUCAAUGAGGAAGAAUGGGUAACUGUGUAUGGAUUUUCCCCCGGUGAUACUAACAUGGUGUUAAGGGAGUUUGAAAAAUGCGGUGAAAUUUUGAAACAUGUUCCUGGUCCUAGAGAUGCUAACUGGGUGCACAUUUUGUAUCAGAAUCGAUCUGAUGCCCAUAAAGCUCUCAACAAGAAUGGAAUGCAAAUUAAUGGAGUACUAAUUGUUGGUGUGAAACUGUUGGAUCCCAUGCAACGCCAAGCUUUAAAUGAAAGGCUUAAGAAUCAGGGAUUUAUGCCGUUACCUCUAGCCUCUGCCAGAAACUCAGAAGUGAGCACAUUGAAAGCUCCUUCUCGACCUUACUAUCUGCAGAAUGGCAACUCAACUGCACGGCAGACUGGAGGAACCAUUGCUUCCCCAACAAAAUCAUUGGUGUCCAAGAUCAUGGACUUGAUGUUUGGAGUCUAAAUUAGCUGUUCUGCUGAAUCAAACUAAUAUCUUUCUGUUUGUUGUAAGCAAUGAUUUUAUUCUCUCGAUUAUUCAUACUUUUUGAAGUGUUCGGCAUGUCUUGUUCAUUGAAUUGAGUUGGAAUGUUUACUCUAUGGAUCUCAAUUGUCAGAAUAUAUGGCAUUUUAAUAUAUCAAUCUUAUGGAUGGUUA